AUGUUUAAUCGUACAUUACGUGAUGAAAAUCGUGCAAAACUUGCGCCAUUUCAUCAGUAUUUUAAUUUAUUUAUGUCUGUAUUUAAUAAACUGCCGUCGAUUCAAGAUCGUGUGUGGCGUGGUGAAACAGGUGACUGGGGAGAUCAAUAUAAGCAAGGUACAGUUCACGUGUGGUGGGGUGUUAGUUCAUGUACUGACAUGAUUCAUGUUACCGGCGAUUUUCUUGAUCAAACAAAGAAACGUACAUUGUUCAAUAUUAAAUGUAUAACUGGGAAAAUAAUAAAAAAUCAUUCUGAAUUUCCAGAUGAAAGCGAAACAGUCUUACCGCCUGGAACAUAUUUAAAAGUAAAAUCGUCACUCAAGGCUACUAGGUAG